GAACAUGGCGAGCUGCUAGUUGGGCAGGGCUGAAGGGUAGGUGGUGAGGAAGAAGAGGCUCCUACUGUAGACAGCCUUGUUCUACAGAUCCUCCCAGAAAUCCCUGGGCCAGCUGGAACCCGGGGUCAGAGAGGGAUGGGAGAGAGAUUCCCCAGGAUCUCAGAGAAGAACAGCAGAAAGUCUGCAAGACCCUAAGAACCAUCAGCCCUCAGCUGCACCUCCUCCCCUCCAAGGAUGACAAAGGUGCUACUCAUCUACUUGGUCAGCAGCUUUCUUGCCCUAAAUCAGGCCAGCCUCAUCAGUCGCUGUGACUUGGCCCAGGUGCUGCAGCUGGAGGACUUGGAUGGGUUUGAGGGUUACUCCCUGAGUGACUGGCUGUGCCUGGCUUUUGUGGAAAGCAAGUUCAACAUAUCAAAGAUCAAUGAAAAUGCAGAUGGAAGCUUUGACUAUGGCCUCUUCCAGAUCAACAGCCACUACUGGUGCAACGAUUAUAAGAGUUACUCAGCAAACCUUUGCCACGUAGACUGUCAAGAUCUGCUGAAUCCCAACCUUCUUGCAGGCAUCCAUUGCGCAAAAAGGAUUGUGUCCAGUGCACGGGGGAUGAACAACUGGGUAGAAUGGAGGUUGCACUGUUCAGGCCGGCCACUCUCCUACUGGCUGACAGGAUGCCGCCUGAGAUGAAACAGGGUGCGGGUGCACCGUGGAGUCAUUCCCAGACUCCUGUCCUCACUCAGGGAUUCUUCAUUUCUUCUUCCUACUGCCUCAACUUCGUGUUAUUUUCUUCCCUUCUCAUUUACAACGAAAACUGACCAGAGCCCCAAGGAUAAAUGAUUUUCUUGGCUUCCUCCUUACUCCCAUCUGGACCCAGUCCCCUGGUUCAUGUCUGUCAUUUGUAAACUGAGGACCACAAUAAAGAAAUCUCUAUAUUUAUC